GGAGUUCUUGAAAGCGCCGUCUGGAGACAGAGCUAGCCCGGAGCGGCCGGCAGUAUACAUGAAGCUUCAGUGUCAUACCUGAUAUGACAGACCCGGACGUCCUCACUGAAGUCCCAGCGGCUCUGAAGCGCCUUGCCAAGUAUGUGGUGCGUGGUUUUUAUGGCAUUGAACAUGCUUUGGCUCUGGACAUCCUCAUCCGGAAUCCCUGCGUAAAGGAGGAGGACAUGUUGGAGCUGCUGAAGUUUGAUCGGAAGCAACUGCGGGCAGUUCUUAACACCCUCAAGGGGGACAAGUUCAUCAAAUGCAGGAUGAGAGUGGAGACAGCUCCGGAUGGCAAAACCACCCGGCACAACUACUACUUCAUCAAUUAUCGCCUGCUGGUCAAUGUGGUGAAGUACAAGCUGGACCACAUGAGGAGGAGGAUUGAGACGGACGAGAGAGAUUCCACCAAUCGUGCCUCCUUCAAAUGUCCUAUUUGUUUCAGCACCUUCACAGACUUGGAGGCCAAUCAGCUGUUUGAUCCCAUGACAGGAACCUUCCGCUGUACGUUCUGUCAGAAUGAAGUGGAAGAGGAUGAGUCGGCGAUGCCCAAAAAGGAUGCACGGACUCUUGUGGCAAGGUUUAACGAGCAGAUUGAGCCCAUCUACGCACUGCUACGAGAGACAGAGGACGUUAACUUGGCCUAUGAAAUCCUUGAGCCAGAACCCACAGAGAUUCCUGCACUGAAACAGAGCAAAGAACGUGCUGCUGCUGCUGCUGCUGCAGGGGCAGCUGGCCUAGCAGGUGGAUACCAUCGGGAAGCAUGGACAACAAAAGGGCCAUCAUACGAGGACUUGUACACCCAGAAUGUCGUCAUCAGCAUGGAAGACCAGGAGGAUCUUAAUCGGUCAACAAAUGAAGGGAAGCCAACCAGAGAGAGGCCAAUUUGGCUGCGGGAAAGUACAGUGCAGGGGGCUUAUGACCCAGAUGAGAUCAAAGAUGGUGGUCAAGAUAUGGAUGCGUUUCAGGAACGUGGGGAGGGCCGCGCGACUCUGGACGAUAACGAGGAGGUGAUGCGUGCCCUGCUUAUCCAUGAGAAGAAAACCCCCUCUGUCUCUGCAGCUGGUGUCGGGGGGGCUGCUCCCUUAGCCAGCGGCAAUGCCAGCGACUCUGAGAGCGAUACCAGUGAAUCAGAGGAGGAAUCCCCACCCCGCCUGCCUGCUGCCACAGCUACACUCUAUGGCCUCGAGGAUGAAGAGGAUGAGGAGGAAUUUGAAGUGGUGGCAGAGGACCCCACUGUCAUGGUGGCCGGACGUCCGUUCUCUUACAGUCAAGUGAGCCAGCGGCCUGAGCUGGUGGCCCAAAUGACCCCAGAGGAGAAGGAGCUUUAUAUAGCCAUGGGGCAGCGUAUGUUUGAGGAUAUGUUUGAUUAACCCUUUCCCGCCACGACAGCUUUUAAAGGUGAAUUUUAACAGGAGACUCCCUAGUGAAACAAAAGACUGAACUGCAUCUCUCCCUUCCCUACAGUCUGUCAUGCAGGGGCUUGGGGCUUAGAACUGCUCCCUGACUAAAGGAACUGCUGAUCUUGGGCAUCCCACACAAUGGGGGGUGGGGGGCUAAAACUAACUGGGUGUGCCAAAAGGGGAGGGAGCAAAGGUGGGUGGUGGAGCAUGUGGAUAUUUUUUAAUCAGGACAGAAAGCUUGCAAGGUGAAGCUCCACUUCAGGGUGGCCCUCACUUGCUGCUGAUUUAGCCCAACAGCCUCCUUUCGCCUGAGGUUUAUUCUUUUUAUAGAAGGCCAGGGAACAGAUUCUGACGCAGUCCAGCUCCCUCCUCGCGGAGGACUUGGGUGCCCUGUGGUCUGAUCAGGCCUUGCUCCUCAGUGUUACAGAACAGAAGAGUGCAAGUGACACUGAAGGUCUGUGCAUUGGAUGCCAAGACAGGCUGUAGAUGCAGUUGCAUGUGGACAUGGUGCCUGAGCAGGGUUGGGCUGUAGUACCGGGCACAAUGAGGUUGUCGCUAACCCAUUGCAGAUGACUGCAGUGCGCAGGGAUUUUUAUUUCUAAACAACCAUGUGAGCAGAUACCAUACUUGCUCCCUGUCCUCCUCGGUCUUCCUACAGGUCUCUAGCUAAACCUCUCAAUAGGGUUUGUAGCCCAAGCUUGCUCAGACUGAACUAUGUUGCUUAGAUUCAACCAUGUAUUUUGCCCAAGUUGUGUUUGAGAUUCUUUUCCAACACGGUUAGGAGCCCUGGAGUGGACAGCUGAUGGUGUUGGUUGUAACUGAGGAUGUAAAUGGGAGGCUGCUUUCUGAUGGGGAGCAAAAUGGGAGACGAGCUCUGGAAAGGAGAAUACAGAUCUCUGGGUGAUGCUCAUUUGAAAGACUAUCUGGUUUUCAAUCUCCGUUUUCAGCGAUCAGGGACUUCAGUCCUCUGUGAAAAGACAGGCCUGUCCUUGCCUGUUCCCCUCUUCCACAUGCCCCACCCUCCACACCCAUCUGUCAGAAUUUUCAAAUAUGAGAUUUCAGCAUAAGCAUCUAACAAAUAACUUGAUUCUCAAAGGUGCUGAGCGUGCUCAUAGUGCCUGUUGGUUUCAAUGGAAGCUGUGGGUGCUCAGCACCUCAAGGACAGAUGUAACUUGAAGCACCCAAGUUUGAAAGUCUUGGCUCAUUUUCAGUGUAAUGAAACCCACUGAAGGAACUGCACUGGUCGAGUACUCUGAGCUACCCAGAGCCUACUUUCAGUGCAGUAUACUGUUACUGCCUGUCCCCUCAUCUUACCCCAUCUAAGCCCCGAUGUUACAGCCUGAGUUCACAAUAGAUUGGGCUGUCAGCCAGGCAGUACCAGGGAACCAGCAUAGCUAGUUUUAAUUUCACGAACACCAAAAGGUUUGUAUAGUUUGAAAAGGAAUUAUGCAGAGUUCUCAAUACUGCUAUUUAGCAUGGCACUGCACUAUUUGUUCAAAGAAAACCAUUUUACCAGUGCCUAUAGCAAUAUCGUAUUUGUAAUGUUACCUUUCAAUUUAAAAGUGUUACUUUUUUUUAAUCGUUGUGUUUUCUUAUCCAGUGCUAUGGUAAAACAAAGUGAUAAAAGGAUUUUGUGUUUAGAGGCUGUAUCAAGUGCUGUUUGAUUUACACGAAUUGGUACAGAUUUGCCGAGCAUUUAAACUGUAAAGGUAUUUUAUACUGACUAGCCCUGUGAUGCCUCCUUUGUAGUUUUAUUUUCAGCAUCUUGAUAUUUUACCCUUUUUUAAAAAUAGUGUGUUAAAUUUGUCAUUUUUAAAAUAAAUGAAUAAAAUGAUGCUUCUGUC